AUGGCAUCGAUUUUUAUAACCCUACUAAUUUUACUUUUACUCGAAAAUUUCACGACAAGUUUGCACAUCAUACAAACCAACGAGGAUAAGCAUGGUUUUCAAUCGGCUAAUUAUGGAUCGGUGACGGAACAGCGCGCAUUUCAACUUCUUUCUAUUUCACUGACUGGUCGAUCAAAUCCAAAUGCUUUCCUAGAGCAGUUGUACGUUCCGCCUGGAGAGAGACCGAUUAAGUUCUUCUGGUCAGGCUUCGGUAUUGCUGCUAGUGCUGAAGUGGCUGCUGAAAUAGCUAGCUACCACAAUGGGGUGACUUUGGAAAUGAUACUUGAGUGGCCAGAGAAUGCUGCUGUCAAAAAACAUAUGUGCACUUGGCCAGCAAGGGGCGAUGUAUCACCAACUGCCGAAGCAUGUAAAGAGCAAUGGAGAAGACUCUCAGAAGUAUAUGCCGAGAAAACACGAGGUCCUGCUAUUCCGAUUCUUGGUGAACAAGUAGCACCAACUAGUGUGUGGUUGACACAUGAAAAGAAUGCACUGCAUAAAAGUCAACAGAAAGGUAAUUAUGUCUAUGGAUUUCAAAAGCCAAUGGAUCUCUAUGAAGUAUACUGUAUUAAAAUGGCUAAACACAAAACAAGUUAUCCAGAACUCAAAGAGAAAAUCUGUACCAAGCAAACUGCCUAA